CUGCCAGCUGCAGAGCCUUCCCCAGCACCUUCCCCACCCCGCUGAGCUGGGGGGGGACCAGGCUCUGGAGGCCCCAGGGCAGGUCCCAAAACCUGGAGCUGGUUUUACAGAGGCUAGAGAGAGUGUGGAGGCCAAGCCAGCUUCACCCAGGAGGGGCAGCAGGAUCCCAGCCAGCAAGCUGACACCCAAGAGACACAGAGAGUCCCCCAAGAGAGCAGCUGAGGAUGUGGAAAGGGGUCCCCCAGAGCCUCGGGGCUCCCCCCAGCUGGGACCCCCGUGCAGUGGCAGCUCAGCAGUGCAGAGUUCACCAGCUCUCCCCAAGGGCUCUUACCAGUUUGACCCCGAUGACUUUGACUCCAUGGAUCCAUUCAAGCCCACCAGGAGCCUUGCCAGCAGCGACGCUGACUCCUGCUCCACGGCAGAGAACAGCCUCAAUGAGAUCCUCGAGUCUCACACGCUGGAGAGGCAGGAGGACCUGAAAGGCAGAGACUCCCCCAGGAAGCCCAAGUCACGCCUGAUAACGACUACUGAGCAAGUGAAAUUUCUCUGUUUUCUGUUGAGUGGCUGCAAGGUGAAGCAGCACGAGGCGCAGCCCCUGGCCCUGGACAGCACUCAGGAUGAAGGAGUGUUGAUCUCAGAAAUCCCAGCCAUUACGAGCCGGGAUGGACGUGCCACUGAUGAGGAGAAGUUGGCCUCCACCACCUCCACACAGAAACCAGCUGGGCUGGAGAAGAAGGCUGAGCCAGAAGAUGAGCUGGAGUAUUUUGAGUGCUCAAACGUCCCUGUGCCUCCAGGGAAGCACAGACCAGAGGCAGGUUUUGAAAAGGAGGUCUGCAAGCAGAUGGAGAAGGGAGGGCCUGGCAUCUUCCCUGACAGCCCUGGGCUGUGCUCCAUGGACAAGUGCACCAGCGUGAGCAGCAGCGAGAGCCCCCUGGCUGGAAUCUGCCUCAGCGAGCCCGAGAAGGCAGCAGUGCUCACCCUCAUCAGAGAGGAGAUAAUCACCAAGGAGAUGGAGGCCAACGAGUGGAAGAAGAAAUACGAGGAGAGCCGGCAGGAGGUGCUGGAGAUGAGGAAAAUCGUGGCUGAGUAUGAAAAGACCAUUGCCCAGAUGAUAGAGGAUGAGCAGAGGACAAACAUGACAUCUCAGAAGAACCUGCAGCAGCUCACGAUGGAAAAGGACCAGGCUCUGGCAGACCUGAACUCGGUGGAGCGGUCCCUGUCAGAUCUGUUCAGGAGAUAUGAAAACCUGAAGGGCGUCCUGGAAGGAUUUAAGAAGAAUGAAGAAGCUCUGAAGAAAUGUGCUCAAGAUUAUCUAACCCGUGUCAAGCAGGAAGAGCAGCGGUAUCAGGCCCUGAAAGUCCAUGCAGAAGAAAAAUUAGACAAGUAAGGACAUGCAUGAGAUUGCUGGGUGCUUCCAGACCUUGUAGGGAAGCAGCUUCAUUUGCUGUACAGAGGCUGGAAGGCAGGAGCUGAAUGAUGUGAAAAGCUGCAUUUUACAACCUCGGGUUGCAGUGUCUCUAAGCAAGGCAGAGCAAAUCCCUGAAUGCAUUCUCUGAUCCCUGCUUGUUUAUUUUUUAAUGGAGAAUCUGAGAUUCACGGUCUAUUUAUGGCCACUUACCAAGUUGCCAUCUUUUGAAGUGCUCGUGUUUGUGGUACAGGAAGGGCUGUGCAGCCUGGGGCUCAGCUGAGGAGCAGGAGCUCGCCAGCACGUGGAACCCCGAGUGAAGUGGG